AUGUUGAUGGCUAAACUAAAGGUAAGGGCUACCUUUCAGAUAGUUAAUUUCUCUAAUCCGUCACAGGCAAAUGACUGGGGAGCCCUUGACUCAAAUUUGGCAAUCCAGAGGGCCGAGCAACUUUCUUCGCUUCUAGUUUCGGCUCUUUGUUUUGGAACCACCGACCCCCAUACUCAGGAACCCCUCAAAAACUUUGAUUCAGAUGAAGUCCUGUCAAGUGAUGAUGGAAUGGCCACAUUUUACCUUGAACUCCCUGAUAAUCCUAUUCUUUCUGGGUUAUCUCUUCAUGAUUGCCUCAGGACCCUUCGCAUGGGGUACCAGGGGCGAGACGCACGGUAUCGGAUUGGCGAGGCCGACUUCUUCAAGGCGUUGAGCUCUCACCUCGCCGGUCUAGUUGAAGCUCGUCUCAAGCAUGUCUCACAAUGGCUUACCGCAAACACGGAACGCUUUGGGGAGAAAGGCGAGAUCACAGUUCUCAUCCGGACCUUCGAUAGCUACUCCAAAGAGCUUCGAGCUAGCGAAAGCAUCAUUGCCAGACUUCUCACCGAUGCGUUCACCCCUGUGAAUUCAUUGAUCAACAUGAAGCUGAAAUUCCCGAGUGUGAUAUCCCGUUUGUAUCGUUGUCAUUCCUUGUGA